AUGGGCAAAUUCUUGCAAGAAAUUCCUGACCACCUCAUCGAAUGGAUCCUUCAACAAGAGAUGUUCUGGGUAGCCACUGCACCCCUAUCGUCUGAUGGACAUGUCAAUAUUUCUCCAAAGGGUAUCAAAGGCACGUUCCACGUGGUGAAUUCGCGUCGAGUCUGGUACGAAGAUCUCUCUGGGACCGGGGCGGAGACCGUAGCACAUAUAAGAGAGAAUGGGCGAAUCACUAUCUUAUUCCAUGCUUUUGAAGGACCGGCUCGGAUUGUCAGGCUUUAUGGCAAAGGAUUUUUCUACGAACUAGGGACACCGGAAUACGAGGCGCUUGUUACAUCCGAGCAGCGGCUGGCUGGAUCUCGCGCCGUCAUAGGCUUGGAUAUUACAAAAGUUGGCACGACAUGCGGAUAUGCAGUCCCAUACUACCAGUUUAUCUCUCACAGAACUCAGCUUAUGGAUUGGGCCGCAAGAAAAGAAUCUGUUGACCAAGAUGACUCCGCAAAUGUACCCUCUGGAAUUCUACCUCCCUCGAUAUACGCCCAGGGUGAAGAGUCGACGGUCAAUCCCAAAGGCAUGAGGUAUUGGUGGCAACAACAUAAUCUCGUCAGCUUAGACGGCCUUCCUGCAUUCUCGAUAAAUUUUGGACUUGGGUUCCCCUUCGUGUUCUCCCUUGGACGCCUUCGAGCUUCCAAGAUAGCCAUCGUCGGUUCCAAUCCGAACCAUUCGGUAGCGGCAUCGAUAUCGCCUGCAACUCGGCUCGCAAUACACGGGGCUGAAGCCAGCAAGGCUCCGCUUUCAGUCGGAGUGGAUGAUUCCCGAUACAACACGCGUUCUUUCUUGGAGUCGUUUUUGUCCUUCCUUCCCUUUUUCCUUACCUUGCUCAUCGGCGUCAUAAUUGGCCGGACUUACGAUAAGUACGCACACGUACUCAGUAGUACCCUGUCAGUUGGCAGAUUUUAG